UCACCAAACUCCCAGCUCCCUCCACCACAUCCAAAAUACCCAACGGUUUUUCCCAACGGAAAACCGAUGACAAUUCCGACCGCCGACAGGAAAUUCCGCCGGAGCCCCAAAGCCCCGCUGUUACCCCAAAAGCGCGACGACAAUGAGCGCGUCGAGGCCGGCUUCGACGGCGCGUCGUUCUCCGGUGCCGUGUUCAACCUCUCCACCACAAUCGUCGGCGCCGGAAUCAUGGCCCUGCCGGCGGCCGUCAAGCAACUGGGGUUGAUUCCCGGCCUAAUUAUGAUCGUAUUGGGCGCCGUGCUGACCGAAUCGUCCAUCGACAUGAUCCUCCGGUUCACACGCGCCUCCAAGACAUCCUCGUAUUCCGGUCUGGUCGGCGACUCGUUCGGUGGGCCCGGCCGGAACCUCCUCCAGGUCUGCGUCGUCGUCAACAACCUCGGCAUGCUCGUCGUCUACAUGAUCAUCAUCGGUGAUGUGCUGUCGGGGACCUGGUCGGGUGGGGUCCACCACUCGGGUGUGAUGGAGGAAUGGUUUGGUCAGCGUUGGUGGACCGCGCGAUUCUCGCUGCUACUUUUCACCACGCUCUCUGUGCUCGCGCCUCUUAUUUCUUUCAAGCGCGUGGAUUCGUUGCGAUACACAUCGGCAUUGUCAGUUGGUUUGGCGGUUGUGUUUGUGGCGAUCAUAGCCGGAGUGGCGAUAGUUAAGUUGAUAGAAGGAGGGGUUGGAUUUCCACGGUUGAUGCCGAAGCUUGAGGACCAAGCGUCCUUUUGGAAGCUUUUCACUACCAUUCCCAUUCUUGUUACUGCCUAUAUCUGCCACCAUAACAUUCACCCUAUUGAGAACGAGCUAGUAGACCCUAACCACAUGAAGUCAAUAGUACGAACAUCACUUACAUUUUGCUCAUCUGUGUACAUUGCGACCAGCUUCUUUGGUGUUCUUCUCUUUGGGGAUCAAACACUGGAUGAUGUACUGGCAAAUUUUGAUGGUGAUCUUGGAAUUCCAUAUAGCUCAUUUCUUGAUGAUAUUGUUAGAGUGAGCUAUGGCCUCCACCUGAUGCUUGUUUUCCCAAUUGUAUUUUUCUCCCUUCGCCUCAAUUUGGACGGGCUUCUUUUUCCCUAUGCCAUUCCUAUUGCCUUUGACAACCGAAGAUUCUACUCAGUAACAGCAGCACUGAUGGGUUUUAUCUUUUCGGGAGCCAAUUUUAUUCCCAGUAUCUGGGAUGCCUUUCAGUUCACAGGUGCUACUGCUGCUAUCUCCGUUGGUUUCAUAUUUCCAGCUGCCGUUGCCCUCAGGGAUACUCAUGGAAUUGCAACAAAGAAGGACAGACUAAUAUCAUGGGUGAUGAUCCUUUUAGCAGUCUCUUCCAGCACAGUGGCCAUCUGUAGUGACAUUUACAGCUUUUUUUUGUAGUAACAAAGGAGGAGCUCGAAUCUGACAUACAUGCAUCAAUUUCUUUUGUUUUUUUUUUUUUUACUCGGGAAAAAUGUUAAUCAUUCUUUUCAUCAGAACUAGAGUAUACCAUCUUUCUGUUAUCGUCUUACUUCAAAUUUUCAAGCACCAUAUACGACUGGUACCCGAUUAUUUAAUAGAAAAAUUUGUGUGCUCAAGCCAUUAUCCAA